AUGGAGAGCAAGAUGAGUGAAGAGGAGGAGAAAGUUGCGAGGAAGCCGUACUCGAUCAAGGAUUUUGAUGAAGGAGGAAAGCCGUGCCAGGGGAUGUUGUGGGACUCCUUGUACAGUUCACGCAGAGGUGACGAAGACAAGUUUCAGCAAGAUGGGGAGACUUCAUGCCGAGCAGAUAUGGACGUGGAGAUUGCUGGCAUGCACACACACAUGGCCAAGGUGGUAGUUGCGCAUAAGGCCACAGCCCCGAAUCAAAUUUCUCUUGAUGUUGGCGAACUUGUGGAGGUGCAAACGGGGAAUGGGGCAUGGUCUCUCGGGUGCGUGCUCAAAGAAGACAAGAAAGUGAAGAGAGACGGAUGGUUCCCCACCUUCUGCAUCGCGUCACUCACUGAGAACUUGAUGCGCGGGUCGCAAGGGACGCCCCUCGUCUCGGAGCAGGAUCUGAUAUCGGCGUCGUUCACCCACUCUCAAUUUCCCAUGGUUUCUCCGCUGAAUAGAGGCAGCGAAGCGUCAUACUCAACACCCAAGCGAAGUGAAUCCGACGAUGAAAGCUUUUCCGAAGAUGAUUCCGCUGACGAGGACGAGGCCGUCGAGAAUGUAAAGUUCAGCUAUCGCUCUGCUCCCAGAGUGAAUGCCUUGCAGGAUUAUCGUGAUGACAAUAAAGAGAUCGCGAGGCAUGUUGAAGAAACGAGGUCAAAGGUUUUCGAGGAUUAUCCGCGCGUCGAAGAGUCGGCCUCCUUCAAUGCCUCCCUUCUUGGCUCCAGUAACUCCAGCACCUCACACAAGAGCCAGAACCCUCAUCCGGACAACUUUCCGAGCGAAGCUGCCCAGAAGUUCGCGGCCUUUGUCCCCGAGGAGGCGGCCUCCCUGCCCUCGAGGAGAAAUUUUGAUUUGGACGAUCAACUGGACAAGGACUUAGAAGAGCUGAUCAACCUGACAAAUAGACGAGAUUCAGAUCUCCUUCCCCGAACACCAAUCAAACAGUCCCCCCAGACCGCAACCGGAGCAGCUUCCUCCCUGCUGAAGUCUUCCAGCUUGACAGAGGCUCUCGCCAGUAUUCAGUUGGAGCCGUGGUCGGUGAAGGGACAAAGGAAUGGCGGAGGAAACGAGUCUGUGUCCAAGGACGAACUGCUCGGCCCCCUCCUUGGCAGUCAGGAAUCAGCAAAGGAGACGAAACCUGAGAGCUCAGUCGACGCCCAGAAGAUCUCGAAGACGCGGCACAUGUCCAUCUCCUACUCUGAACCGAUCAAGAAGCGGAACAAUGCUGUCGUUGACUCUCCUGUGCCGGUCUCGUCACUUGGCAGGAUCCAUCUUGGCCAGGAGGAGCUCUUCCCCAAUGCAAGCUUUUCGGGCAACCACGGAGUGCGGCGUCACUCAGCGAUAGAUGUAGCCAACAAGACAAACUGGUCGAAGGGAAGCUUUCAAGACCCGAAAGGCCUGGUGGUCAAACAUCUCGGCGAGACUGAGUUGUACCCUGGCUUCAUGAUGUAG